GGCGCGGUCGGUCCGGCGGGCGAGCCCAGAUUCCCGCGGCGAGGAUGGGGGCGCCCCCCGCCGCCCCCCGGCUGGUCCUCUUGGCGUUGCUGCUGGCGGCCUCUGAGCCCCGUCCGAGUUUCCCGGGUGACCCCAAAGUAUCAGGACCCCUCUGGAGGAGCAGCCAAGAGCCCCCCCUUCUGAGCAGCCAUCCCGCCCUGAAAGAGCGUCCAUCUCCCCCUGGAGAGACCCCCAAGUCAGGGGGCAAUGUCUCCUCAGGCCAGGUGUCGUCUCUGCAACCAGCCCGGGCCAAGGAGUCCCAGCUGGUGCCCCCCGCUCUGACUCCCACGCGGGUCCAGCAACCCGCGUGGGAGCCCAAAACCUGGCCGGUUCUCUGCCCUGGCUGCUCCCGGCGGACGGCGCGGGAGAUGGCGGGGAGUGAUUCGCACUCAGACCCCAGUGCAGAAGCUUCCUCGGCCGCCCCACGUGUGGCUCCCCUAGGCCGGGCAGAAGACGGCACCUGGCGGCUUUUCGACCGAGGCAAAGCCGGGCUAGGCAGCCAAGAAGACGUGGGAAGCGGAGACCCUCACGCAAAGACACCCCCACAUCCCGGGUGGGCCACGGCGCUUCCCCCGGGCGAUUUCAACCCGCUUGGCCGUGAGAGAGACCCGCUGCUCAAACCCACACGAUCCACGGGCGGCCCCCAAGCUACCGAGACCCCACAAGGAGCUGGGGAGGUCCUGGGCCCAAAGGAAGAGCCCUACAGCCGCAGUCCAAAGCUGGAGACCCUCCCUUCUGUGGCGCCACCUGCCGUCAAAUCCAUGCAGACCCCUUCCUCCGACCCACUGGCCUCGGAGAUCAUUGACGUUGAUUAUUAUGACCUUUUCGACGGGGGUGCUUUGCGUGGGCCUGGCAUGGACUCAACCAAGACGAAGUCCCCCGUUGACAAAGGGGUCUCCUGGCCCUUCCGCGACCUUUACGAUGAGUUCAGCCCUUUCGACGAGUCAGAUUUUUAUCCCACAACCUCCUUCUACACCGAUGGCGACGAGGAAGAGGAGCCGGAGGAGGAGGAAGAGGAGGAGGAAGAGGAGGAAGAAGAGGCAGGGGCUGCGGAGGAAGAGGAGGAGGGGAAGGACCCACGGGUCCCAACGCCCACCCCCCCCAAAAUCCACAGCAAACUCCCCGGUGCAGAGCCCACAGCCCGCCGCUUCCUCCUUCCCCCGUUGCAGACUUUUGUCGUUUCAGGGGGCGGCGGACGAACCGUCUCCGGACCGGUUUCAGGGGAUCCAGCCCGGGAAACGGGACUCCCGGAGAACAGCACUGAAUGCCGCAUCGGCUAUACCCGACACAACGCGACCUGCAAGUCGGUUUGCGACACCUUCCCAAGUUAUUGCCACAACGGGGGGCAAUGUUACCUAGUAGAGAACCUGGGCGCCUUCUGCAGGUGCAACACCCAGGACUACAUCUGGCACAAGGGGCUGCGCUGUGAGUCCAUUGUGACUGACUUCCAGGUGAUGUGCGUGGCGGUGGGCUCGGCCGCCCUGGUGGUCCUGCUCCUCUUCAUGAUGACCGUCUUCUUCGCCAAGAAGCUCUACCUGCUCAAGACUGAGAACCUCAAGCUGCGGAAGAGCAAAUACCGAACCCCUUCGGAGCUACACAACGACAACUUCUCCCUCUCCACCAUUGCCGAGGGAUCGCACCCAAAUGAUGAUCCCAGUGCCCCCCACAAACUCCAGGACCCCUUGAAAUCCUGCCUCAAAGACGACGAAGCGUUUAACAUUCAGAAUUCCACCUCGCCCAAGCUGGAUAACCGGAAAGGCAAUCCAGACGAUGCCGAAGUGAACUGUUUGCAGAACAAUCUGACUUGAAGAUCCGACAAAAAAAAAAAGAGCUGGAACGAA